GCUACUACGAAUUAAUUACUACCUCUGACCGCUACACACACGCACGAGGCCAUCGUUUUACAGAAUAAGAUGCCAGUUCUAACCAUUCGGUCAGUUGAAUCCUUCACAACUAGUUCCUUCUGAAUCAUCUGCUCGCUCGGGUGUGUUUCGCUUCGUUCAGCAACUAUGCCAACGUUCCGUAGACAUUUGCGACGAUCCGUCCGGGUGGAAGUGUUCCGCGAGUACUGUGCCAACAGCUCCAUCCACGGUGUACGAUACUUCGAUCGUGAUGAACGAACGACCUGUGAAAGAUUCUGGUGGCUAGUGGUGUUUCUGCUCUCUAUGUUGGGUUGUGGCGUGAUGAUAUACAAGACGUACGUGAAAUGGAACCAAACUCCAAUCAUUGUUACCUUUUCGGAGAAAACCACUCCGGUUAGGCACAUUCACUUCCCAGCCAUAACGAUCUGUCCUGAAACGAAGGUGCCAGCCAAUAAACUUAACUUCACAGCCGAAAUGAACGCACUGCUGGAAGAUUACAAUUACAUUAACGGAACAUCCGACCGCGAGUCCAUCGAUCAGUUGAAAGCCGUCGCUCAGUUGUGCAACACGUUGUUUCAUUCAAAAUAUAACUUGUUGCAGUACUUAAACGAAACGGAUGAGGACGUCGUUGGCAUGCUGAAAAACCUGUCUUUAUCACGCCGCGGUACACUUGGGUUGUGUCAGUACUGCAACCAGUACAUGCUCUGUGGAAAACAUCUGAAGGAAACACUCACCGAUGAAGGUUUUUGUUACACCUUCAAUAUGAAGCCGGAAGAGGACAUCUUUCGCCAAAGCUCACUCCACACGGACUAUACGUACACGGAGAGUUGGUUCUCAUUUUCGGAACAUGAAACACUGUACGCACGAGGUGCAGGUCUGCAUGCUGGGCUUACAUUGUUCCUGCGACAAAUCAAGGAAGAUGUGGACUACAUGUGCACGGGAUUCUCGCAAGGGUACAAGCUUAUGAUUCAUGACCCAGGCGAGUACCCGCAGGUGUCGAUGCGCAACAUGCGUAUACCCUUUGGUCACGAGAUCUCGAUCGCACUCAAGCCGCAAAUGAUCGUUACCUCUCCGUCGGCCGCUGACUAUAGCUGGGAGAAGCGUCAGUGCUUCUUCAAUCACGAGCGUCACCUUCAAUACUUUAAGAUCUACAACCAGGAAAACUGCGAACUAGAAUGCUUGACCAACGUCACGCAGGCAAUAUGUGGAUGUGUUCGCUUUUCAAUGCCACGAUCAAACGACACCAAGGUUUGCCCCUUGUCGAUGUUUCACUGCAUGUCCGAUGUCAAAUGGAUUGUGUAUGACAUUGACGAUCCUGAACGUCCAGUCAACGAAGAGAUCACGGCAAUGGUCGACAGAUGUAACUGCUUGCCAGCAUGCAGCUCAAUAUCUUACGACGUGGAAACUACGCAAACCACACUGGAUCUGGAAAAGUUUCUGCGCGUCAACCAUGAGUAUGAUAGGUCGGACAAGUUUUACAUCACAACGAUAGCGAUCUACUUCAAGGAGUCGUACUUCAUCACCUCCAAGCGAUCGGAGCUGUACGGAUGGGUAGACUUUCUGGCAAAUUGUGGUGGACUGCUAGGCCUCUUCAUGGGUGUAAGCAUAUUGAGUCUAUUGGAGUUAUGUUACUACAUUACGAUUCGACCAUUUUCAGUUAGAAGUAGAAUAGCCAGUGUUGAAAAGCGAGAUACAAACGAAGUCCAGAAUGUCAUGCUUCCCGUUAUCAUUAAGAGUGAAUACCCAGUUGUAGGUUGAAUUGUUUAUGAUAUAUUACUAUUUGUUUAAUGUUGUACAGUAUAACGUCAAUUAUUCGGGCAGCUCGAAACUGAGUGGUUUAUGGAUUUAACGGAUAAUAGCUCCAAAACUAUCAAAUUGAUAUUGAAAUUAAAAAUUUCACUGGUUAGGCUAUCAAUUCACUUUGAAUUAAUUGAUUAAUCAUUAGUACAAUAGUAUUUUAAUCAAUAACUACAGGUUUUACAUCGAUACAUGAACAAAAAUGAAGCUCGAAAAGUGAUAUGUUCACUAGAUAGCUGCACAGAGAUACUGUUUACCAACUUGAAUAUCGCUGCAAAUAUUUACCAUGAUGAACAGCUGUCAAAUUUAUGCCCACGGUUAAGUCGCCCGCCGGUUAUUCCGUCCCCGAAUAAUUGACGUUCUACUUGACAUUGAUAUUUUUUAGCACGAAUAACCGGGAAUUUGCGCAAAGAUCCUUAAACUGGAACCUUAAA